AUGCAUGACUACGCGAGAGUGAACCACAUAGACCUUGAGCAAGACCUCACGGUGGACGAGUACUACUCGGUGAAGUCCGGACUAAGAAUAAUUCUGAGCAAAAUCAAGAGCCCCAAAAUAUAUGGUUACUUCACCCUACUGACGGAGGCCGAAAAUGACGAGGGGUUGCCGCACACUUUGGAGCAUCUCAUAUUUCUUGGAAGCCACAAGUACCCAUACAAAGGACUCCUAGACUCAUUAGCCUACAAAUGUCUAUCCGAAGGAACGAAUGCCUGGACGUCCAUUGAUCAUACCUGCUACACAAUAGAGACCUUUGGCAUGGAAGGGUUUAGUAAUAUCCUACCCAUUUAUCUAGACUUCAUCCUAAACCCAACCCUAGCCGAUGAUAUGUUUCUGUCAGAAGUGCACCACAUAUAUGAAAAUGGAACUCAUAAUGGAGUGGUUUACUCAGAAAUGAAGUCCAUAGAAAAUAACUGUGAGAAUAUUAUCGAGAGGACAGUCAUAACGAACCUUUACCCAAAUGAGAAAAGUGGGUACCGGUUCGAGACAGGUGGUACUUUGGAUGGGUUAAGGAAAACCAACAACGAUCGUGUGAGGGAAUACUUCAAAAAGUAUUACAAGCUGGACAACUUUGCCAUCAUAAUUUUUGGCAAUUUUAACAACGACGAUAUAUUGAAUAUCAUUCACGAGUUUGAGCAGUACCACUUGGAGUUGAACCCGGACCAGUUACUGGGUGGGGUGGACACGACAAAGGGAAAAGUGGAUAGCUCCCCCGCGGAGCAACUCUUCAUAAGCCACAUGCAAAGCCCGAAGAGACCCUGGAGCGAAGAGUGCAACGUCGAAAGGAGGAACGAUUCCAGAAUUGUAAAGAAGUAUUAUCCGUGCAAUAACCUGAACAACGGGCAGGUGUGCCUUGCCUGGAGGGGAUGCGAUUGGGCUGAUUUUCACACCAAGUUGGCCAUAUCCCUGUUGGGCAACUACCUCACCGACUUGACCACCUCCCCUGUUAGCAAGCGUCUCCUGGAGGACAAGGAGAACACCUACUGUAGUGGUUUGGACUUUGCGCUGGAGGACCUGAAAGGGAACUACUUUACCAUCGACAUUUACGACGUGGUAUACAAGUUCAAAAUGGCCAACGGGGCGGAGAAGCAACCACAAGCGGAGAAACCACAAACUGAACAACCACAAACGGAGCAACAAAAAACGGAGCAACCACAAACGGAGCAACCGGAAGAGAAAUCGCCCAGAGUGUACGACCCCAAAAUGGACGAAGUAGGGGAAAUUACACGCAAGUGCCUGCAACAGGUCCUGGAAGAGCCGCUCAACAUGGAUAGGAUGAAGAACAUCAUUGUGCGGUCCUACCUGCAGCAUCUAAAGGAUCUCGAGGCAGCCCCACAGUACCUCCUAAACGAAUUUAUCAUAAAAUAUUUUAUCUAUGGGAAAAGCAAGGAAGACCUGAACAACUGCCUGAAUUUGAAAAAGGCGUACGAGGAUUUGUUGGGCGAAAAGGAGGAAUACUGGAAGGAGGUGUUAAGGAAGUUCUUCGUGCAGAAUAACUACGUCGAAGUGAGGUGCUACCCAAGUUAUAAGAAGGCCAAGCAGAUUGAACUCUUCGAGAGGAACCUAAUCGAAAGUGAACAGAAGAAAUACGGGAAGGAGAAGCUCCAAGAAAUGGCCAAGCAGAUUAGGAAAAUUAAGGAGAGCUUCGAGAAGAAACCUCCUAAGAGUUCUCUCAACGUGGUUGACUCUGCGAAACCACAGAACGUUCUAAUAGAGGGUCUCACCGUGUUCCGCAAUUUUGAGCUUUUGCAAAAGGGGGAGAAAAAAACAGAUACCUCAUUGGGAGCGUCAUCGAAUGAAGUGGACACCCCACAGGAUGUGUCCUGUGAAAAUGCCAAGCUGUUGAGCUCCCUCGAAGGGGAUCUGAAGAGAGUAAUUUUCCCAAUCCAGCUGAGCCACAUUCCAUCCAACUUCGUAUCCAUAAAUGUGCUAAUAAAUUCGAGCAACGUGGAUGAGGAGUUGCAGAAGUAUAUUCCCCUGUUGAGUUACCUGCUCUUCGAGACAGACGUAGAGGUGAACAAGACCAACGUCAAGUGUGAGUUAUUCACAGAGGAGCUAAUAAGACAUACAAUCAACUACUGUUGUAACUACGGUUUGGGUGGGAAUGCCAAGAAUUUCAGAGCGGGAAGUUUAGGAAAUAUUCUCUGUAUACAAAUUGUAGGUUUAUAUGAACACUAUGAGAAAUUAUUUGACCUCCUCUUUUUAUCGAUGUUUAAAAUGACCCUAACGGUAGAGAGGAUGGAAAUUAUUUUGAAAUCUGCUUAUCAGAAUUUGUUGCAAAAAAAAACGAAACCGAAGACGCUGGUAGUUAAUAUGGAAUACGCUCUUCGCUACUUGAAGAAUAGCCCCUCGGGAAUUGUUUCCAUUGGACAGCAAGAAAUGAUUCUUGAACUAAUUGAGGAUAAGAACAACCUAACCCAGUUGUACGAUAAGCUGAACACUUUGAAGGCACAGCUCUUCGACUUAAACAACUGCGUCAUUGCCAUUGAUGCGAACUUUUGCAAAAUUAAAAAUGUCUUCUCCUGGUACGACCGCUGGUUUGAGGUUACUUCCCCUGGGGAGAAAUGCGCCACCCCAUCUGAACUGCAUAAGAAGAACUACACGGUGAAUGCCCCAUACACGGAAUUCACCUUCAACCAGGCCAACGCAGCAAAUUUGGCAAAUUCGGCAAAUGAGGUUAACCCUACCAACCCAGGUAACCCUUCCGAUGCUGAUAACAAGCCCCCCGGGGAGAAGGAACCUGCCUCCUAUUUCGACGUAACCAUCACCAACGGUGCGGAGUCGAAAGGAGAAACGCAGGGAAAUACCCCCCAAAUGUAUAAACAGAGCAAACAGAACAGCUCCGAAAAGUACAUAUGCCUAGGCCCCAGUGUGCACAAAAACCUGAAGGAGUACCUAAACGCGGAGUUCGAAAAGGAAGACAAAAAUUUCCAACUCAAUUUGGUGAAGGAGAAAUCCUACAAUGGAGUCCUGUGCGGAUUGAAGAGUACGGAUGUUUCUUAUCUGAAGCUGACUGUUAAGGUACCCGCAGGAUAUGAGCACGAAGAUUACUGUGCACUGUUGCUUUUGCGCGAAUUCUUCUGCAUGACGGAAGGACCCCUCUACAACAGCAUUCGGGGAGGAGGAUUCGCUUACGAAUGUGCCCUAGACUUUAACUGUAUCCAUGGGGAGCUAAGCUUACGCAUAUAUAGAUCAAGUGAUAUAAUUAGCGCCCUGAAGGAAGCACUUCACAUUUUUGACUACUACUGCAAGAACGAAAUGAAGGAGGAUGAAAUUUCUCUUGCGAAAAGUAGCGCAUAUUACACCAUCUUUAACAACCAGGAGACCAUAUCAGAUAGAGCCUCGCAGACCAUUUUUUUGAGUAUAAAAAAUUUGCCCUUAAAUUUUUACAACAAUUUGUUAAGGCAAAUUGAAGGCAUCACGACGAAGGAUCUGCAGAAAAUUUGCCACAAGUACCUCACUCGAAUUGUAAACUUCAGAAUCGACAGGAGUAAUGCUCUGAUCGGUUCGACCCUCUGCAUCGUGUGCUGCUCCGAUAAAAUGGAGGAGAUCCUUGACAGCCUUAGGAAGGACGUGAAGGUGGGCCCCAUUUGCUCCCUCAGCGUUGGGCAACUUUUCCACUUUUUGAAAGACUACGAUAUUGGUGCGGCUCUUGGUGGGACGGCGGUCGAUGUGGUUAGUCGUCCAGUGGACAGACCCGUCUGCUCCGCCAACGUGGACGACGAUGAGGAGGACGAUGAAGAAGAUGACGAUGAUGAGGAUGACCAUUAUGCCGAUGGUGGUAGCCCUGUUGGGGGUGAAGACUACACCUCCUCGUCGGCCAAUUCUACCUGCUCCGUGUUGUCCGAGGAUGACAGCUACCCGGGGUUCUCCGAGGGGUACUAA